UGUGUUUGCCUUUGGAAUUUCCAGAGCAUUAGAAACACUGGUCAUAGAGGCAGAUUUUAGAACCUUUACAUUUUAGAAUGGCUGUGGUGGAAAGUUUUUUUCUGCAGGCUACUGGCACAAGCAUAUUGCUUGGUCUUUUAGUUCUCUUGGUGGUUAUUUAUUUCUAUUUAUCAAGCUCUAGCUUUAAGGAAGAAGCUAAUGAACCUCCUGGACCCAAGCCACUGCCUCUUCUGGGAAACCUGCUUCAGCUGGACUUGGACAGACCCCACGAAUCACUUUCUGAGCUUGCCAAGACAUAUGGAUCUGUGUUCAAAGUUUAUUUUGGCAGCAAGAAAGUCAUUGUCUUAGCAGGAUACAAAACUGUUAAACAGGCACUUGUUAACUACGCUGAGGAGUUUGGGGAAAGAGAAAUCAAUCAUACAUUUAAGUUUGCUGAAAACCAUGGAAUCGUGUUUUCUAAUGGGGAGAACUGGAAAGAGAUGAGACGAUUUGCUUUAUCAAACCUUCGAGACUUUGGAAUGGGAAAGAGAGGCAGUGAAGAAAAAAUCGUUGAGGAAAUCCAAUACCUUAAAGAAGUGUUUGAGAGCUUUGGGGGAAAACCAUUUGACACAACCCAACCAGUGAACUAUGCUGUCUCCAACAUCAUCUCAUCCAUUGUGUAUGGAAACAGAUUUGAAUACAGUGAUCCUCAAUUUAAAGAUAUGGUCAACAGGGCCAAUGAGAAUGUCAGGAUUGGUGGCUCUGCUUCUAUUCGAAUCUUCAACGUACUUCCCUGGAUAGGACCAUUUUUGAAAAACAGAAGAACACUCCAUAUGAAUGCUGAAAAAAACAAGACACAGGUCCGUAACCUGGUGAGUGAUCUUCAGGAGACACUGACUCCAGUGGAACGCAGAGGAUUUGUCGAUUCCUUUCUCCUCCGGAAACAAAGUGAUGAGCAGUCAGGACAGAAAAACUCUCAUUUCAAUGAGAGAAAUCUUAUCACCACAGUGAUAAAUCUUUUUGUGGCUGGUACUGAUACCACUAGCACAACACUGCGCUGGGGAAUGCUGCUUAUGGCCAAGUACCCUCACAUACAGGAUAAAGUCCAGGAAGAGAUUGACAAAGUGAUUGGAGGUCGUCAGCCAGUUGUAGAGGACAGAAAGAACUUGUCUUACACGGAUGCAGUAGUCCAUGAAAUCCAGAGACUGGCCAACAUAGUACCCAUGAGUCUCCCCCAUACCACCAGCUGUGAUGUGAACUUUAACGGAUUCUUUAUUAAGAAGGGCACAACUGUUUACCCUUUACUGAUGUCUGUAUUGAGGGAUGAGAGUCAGUGGAAGAGCCCACACACCUUCGACCCAGAAAAUUUCCUUGAUGAACAGGGACAAUUUGUUAAAAAAGAUGCCUUCAUGCCUUUUUCUGCAGGACGUAGGGUGUGUCUUGGAGAAAGCCUGGCCAGGAUGGAGCUCUUCCUCUUCUUCAGCUCCCUCCUGCAGCACUUCCGCUUCACACCACCUCCAGGGGUGUCUGAGGAUCAGCUGGACCUCACAGGUGUGGUUGGGAUUACUGUGAACCCAUCUCCCCACAAGCUUUGUGCAGUCAAACGGACCUGGUGGUUCUGUCCGCCGUUUAUUAUAACGCCUCCCCUGUUCCUUCACCACUCCCAGCCAACCAAAGUCACCAGAAGGGUAGCAACCCGAGUAGUUUUUGUACUUGUUUUGUGCAGAACACGUUUGUUUCACGUUACCUUUUUAGCAAUGGCUUUGGUGGAAGCUCUUAUCCUGCAACCUACAACUACAGCCAUCUUGCUUGGUCUUGUGUUUCUGCUGAUUGUUUAUCUGCUUUCUUUUAACGCCAGUUCUCAUCAAGAAAACAAGGAGCCUCCGGGUCCUAAACCAAUACCAGUUCUGGGAAAUAUGCUGCAACUGAACCUCAAGAGACCCUACCUGUCACUAUGGGAAAUGUCAAAAAAAUAUGGAUCAGUAUUCACUGUGUAUCUUGGACCUAAGAAAGUUGUUGUCCUGGCAGGAUAUCAAACUGUUAAACAAGCACUUGUAAAUAAUGCAGAAGAAUUUGGAAACAGAGAUAUUAGUCCCGUUUUCUCUGACUUUAGCAAAGGACAUGGAAUUCUGUUUAGCAAUGGUGAAAGCUGGAAAGAAAUGAGACGAUUUUCGCUCACCACUCUUCGAGAUUUCGGGAUGGGCAAAAGAGGGAGCGAGGAGAAAAUCAUAGAAGAAACACACUAUUUGAGGGAAGUGUUGGAAGAUUUACAGGGGAAACCAUUUGAUACUUCACAACCAUUAAAUUAUGCUACUUCAAAUGUCAUCUCAGCCAUUGUCUAUGGAAGCAGAUUUCAAUACACUGACUCUAAGUUCAAAGACAUGGUUGAUCGUACCAACGAGAACAUCAAGAUUAGUGGCUCACCUUCUAUACAGAUCUAUAAUAUGUUUCCAUGGCUUGGGAACUGGCUAAAGGACUGGAAACGUUUGAUGACAAACCGUGCUCAUAAUCUAAAACAGAUAAAGGAGCUGGUAGCCAAUUUGGAGGAGACACUAAAUCUUGGGGAAACCAGAGGCUUGGUUGACUCUUUUCUUAUACGCAAAAAGAAUGCAGAGAAAGCUGGAGAUAAAGACACAUAUUUUCAUGAAGACAAUCUUAUUAUAACUGUCUCCAACCUGUUUGCUGCUGGUACUGACACCACUAGCACAACACUACGCUGGUGCCUUCUGUUAAUGGCCAAGUAUCCUCAGAUUCAGGAUCGUGUACAGGAAGAGCUUGAUAGAGUCAUUGGAGAUCGUCAGCCAGUUGUGGAGGACAGAAAGAAUUUGCCUUACACAGAUGCAGUGAUCCAUGAAACUCAGAGACUAGCUAACAUAGUGCCCAUGAGUCUCCCACAUGCCACUACUUGUGAUAUUACAUUCCAGGGCUUCUUCAUCAAGAAGGGUACCUGUGUGUUUCCUCUCCUGACAUCUGUGUUGAGGGAUGAGACUCAAUGGGAGAGCCCACAGAACUUUAACCCAGCACAUUUCCUAGAUGAGCAAGGACAAUUUGUUAAGAAUGAUGCCUUCAUGCCUUUUUCUGCAGGGCGCAGGGUGUGUUUGGGAGAGAGUCUGGCCAGGAUGGAACUCUUUCUCUUCUUCACCUACCUACUGCAGCACUUCCGCUUCACUCCUCCACCAGGGGUGUCUGAGGAUCAGCUGGACCUCACUCCAGCUGUGGGACUCACAUUAAACCCCUCUCCUCACAAGCUGUGCGCAGUUAGCCGUGCAUCACGUAUAUACUCUUAAGACCUAAUUUACUAAAAACUCAAAAUGUUAUAAUUAUAUUCAAAAUGUACUUAAGAUUGUAAAUGUAAACUCUUAUGUAGCUGAAUAUGCUGACAUUAAUCUCAUGCUUUGAUCACAUUUUCAAAUAAAUUUUGAUAGUCGAUA